AUGGUUGAAAUUCUGGAUCGAGUAAAAAGUAUAGAAGAUAAAAUUGACCGACUUCCUCAUCGAGUCGCAGGAGAAGGCUUUGAUGGAGAUGUGGAAUCUGUCCUUGCAUUGCUGAUUUUCGCUCUCGGAGAUGUGGCACUCGAAAAUUACCGUGGAACAGCAUUGACUGGAAGUCUCCGAAAGGCGACCUUAUCAAACGUGCGUAUUGGCAUUGUGCUACCAUGGAGACUGGCCAAUAUGGACACUAGCUCCCCUUCCACAGAUGCUUUCAGCUUCCUGUCCGCAAGUGGUGUACAACAGCUCGCAUCCCAACUAACUCAAUGGCGCGGUCUCCUCCCCAGUGCCAUCCAAUGGGAUGAAGAUGACCCCGCGAGUUUUCCUAGCGUGCAGACCCUCGACCAACAAACCAGGAAUAUCGAUCCGAAUCUCACAUCACCAGCUUCGCAGGAUCCACGUUCAGCUCUGUUCUCCACUAAUAUCGACGAGGAACCGACUAGGUAUCCUUAUGCGUAUGACAUACAGGUGGCCGUGUUGAGAACCAGGUUCUACUAUGCCAAAUACAUGGUUUAUCGACCUUUUGUAUACAAGGUUUUGCAUUUUCCAGAGUUGGUCACGCCAGAGGAUGCCCAAAAUGUUGCGGAAUGUCUACGCGCCUGA